CCGGAAGUGCUUGUCUAGGCUUCGGGCAGGAGAGAGGCCUUGUAGACACGGCCGCCGAAGCUCCGUCGGCUCCGGAGUCGCGGGGGGUCGGGUCGCGCGGAGAGAGUGCGGAGCUCCGCGGCCGCCGCCCCGCGCGCCCUCGCAGCGCCCUCGCAGCGCCCUGGCGCCGACGAAAUGGCCAUCAAGAAGUAAAUGCCCAGAUGUAACGGUGAGGAAAUAAUCCACGUGUCAUGAAGUAAGAUGCAACAUAGCGUUCCUCCAGAUUAGUUAAUUUAGCAGACGAAGACAUUGUAUUUUGAAAUAUGAUUAAUCUCCUGAUGCAGCAUCAGAGGCUAACAAUAUUAAUGGCCAGAUCUAGUGCUCACAUGGUCUUCUGAAGAAGCCAUGGGUAGCUGUUGUAGCUGUCCAGAUAAAGACACUGUCCCAGAUAACCAUCGGAACAAGUUUAAGGUCAUUAAUGUGGAUGAUGAUGGGAAUGAGCUAGGCUCUGGCAUAAUGGAGCUCACAGACACAGAACUGAUUCUAUACACCCGUAAACGCGACUCAGUAAAAUGGCACUACCUCUGCCUGCGACGAUAUGGCUAUGACUCCAAUCUCUUUUCUUUUGAAAGUGGUCGAAGGUGUCAGACUGGACAAGGAAUCUUUGCUUUUAAGUGUGCCCGUGCAGAAGAAUUAUUUAACAUGUUGCAAGAGAUAAUGCAAAAUAAUAGUAUAAAUGUGGUGGAAGAGCCAGUUGUAGAAAGGAAUAAUCAUCAGACAGAAUUGGAAGUCCCUCGAACACCUCGAACACCCACAACUCCAGGGUUUGCUGCUCAGAACUUACCUAAUGGAUAUCCCCGCUACCCCUCAUUUGGAGAUGCCUCCUCCCACCCCUCCAGCCGGCAUCCUUCUGUGGGAAGUGCUCGCUUACCCUCAGUCGGUGAAGAGUCUACACAUCCUUUGCUUGUGGCUGAGGAACAGGUACAUACUUAUGUUAACACUACAGGUGUGCAAGAAGAGCGAAAAAACCGUGCAAGCGUGCAUGUGCCCCCGGAGGCAAGAGUUUCUAAUGCUGAAAGCAAUACACCAAAAGAAGAACCAAGUAACACUGAAGACAGGGACCCUCAGGUUCUUCUUAAACCCGAAGGAGUCAAGUUCGUGUUAGGACCGACCCCUGUUCAGAAGCAGUUAAUGGAAAAGGAGAAACUGGAGCAGCUGGGAAGAGACCAAGUUAGCGGAAGUGGUGCGAACAGCGCCGAGUGGGACACUGGCUAUGACAGUGACGAACGGAGAGAUGCCCCCUCCGUUAACAAACUGGUGUAUGAAAAUAUAAACGGGCUAUCUAUCCCUAGUGCCUCAGGGGUCCGAAGAGGUCGUCUGACAUCUACCAGUACCUCCGAUACUCAGAACAUCAACAACUCCGCUCAGAGAAGGACUGCGUUGUUAAACUAUGAGAAUCUACCAUCUUUGCCUCCUGUUUGGGAAGCCCGCAAGCUAAGUAGGGAUGAAGAUGACAAUUUAGGACCAAAGACGCCAUCUCUAAAUGGCUACCAUAAUAAUCUGGACCCAAUGCAUAACUAUGUUAAUACAGAGAAUGUAACUGUACCAGCAAGUGCUCACAAAAUAGACUAUUCGAGGCGUCGGGACUGUACCCCGACAGUCUUUAACUUUGAUGUCAGGCGCCCCAGCUUAGAGCACAGGCAGCUCAAUUACAUCCAGGUGGAUUUGGAAGGCGGCAGUGACUCCGACAACCCUCAGACUCCAAAGACUCCUACCACUCCCCUUCCACAGACCCCCACCAGACGCACGGAGCUGUAUGCCGUGAUAGACAUCGAGAGGACUGCUGCUAUGUCCAACUUGCAGAAAGCACUACCACGAGACGACGGGACAUCUAGGAAAACUAGACAUAAUAGUACUGACCUGCCCAUGUGAGCCUGGAGAGCAUUACGUCAUUUGCACCGUCGUGAAGUUUUUAAAAUGAAGAUGCGAUGCUUCACUGUCAUUUCUACACUAACUCCUUUAUAGACUGCUCCGUUGUUUUCUGAAUAGUUCUUGUGCAUCUUUAAAGGGAAUUAAUGUAGAGCAGGUACUCCUUAAAGAACACUAGUUUCAUUAUAUUCUACUCAUUAUUGUACAGCAGCAUUCCCAUUUUCACAGUGCCUAUUUAAAAUGAGAUUUGAAGUGAAUGACAUGCUGGUUGUUUUUUAUUCCAUAUCCAGGACAUAUGCAUAUCUUUCACGUCUAAGUUGUGUUGGCAUGUCAACCUUUCAUAAAGUCUCUUGAUAAUGUGCAUUGCUGACAUAACUCUAGGCUUUGAAGGUAGGAUUCACUGCUCACAGUGUAUGGUCUCCAGCAUGGAACACGAGGAAUCUUAUUUCAUUAAUUAAAGGCUUUUUGACUUGGGCCAAAAAAAAAGAAAGAAACAAAAGAACCACACCUCCUUUCGUACCAGUCAGCUCCUCUGUCUUCAGUGUUACUAGAAAGAGUCCAGUAUCAUGAAUAUAGUUAUGUAUUGGAAGGCAGACAGGAGACAACGUUUUGUUUACUCAUCUCAUGGUGUCAUUUGAAGGGCAUGUCCAGAUAUCAUACUCAGAAUGAUGGUGGGUUUAGGAAUCAGUCUCAGGUCACUUUACCCAGAAACAUUUGAAAAAUCUACACCAUGAUCUGUUGGCGUUUCUCUUGGAUAGGUUAUUGGCAGCACAUUGUUUGCUGGAGACAUUUGUGCCAUGAAAUUCCCAUUUAGCUUCAGGUUUUUUGUUUUGUUUUUCCCCUUUGGUGUUUGGGUUGUCUUUGUUUUGUAACGUCUUUCUCAAUUUACAAUACAGUUUUUGAGUUUGUGUAUCACUUUGGCAUGGGAGUGUGUGUCUGUUGUUACUUAGUCUGCAUUUUUGUCCAGUUAGGGUCUUGAAGGUCCAUUUGGAGCUGACUGUUAUUUUCUGACAGGCUUGCUCUUGUCCAGUAUUUAUUUAUCUGCUGUCUACUUGUCAGCUUGAAGAAAAACCAUUGUCUCGAUUUUAAACGUCGUCAUUCCUAUGAUCUCUUCAGUUGCCGAGAAGAAAAGGAAGAUACUCUGAAGCAUGUGAGUUCCCCAAAGGUGCCAUCCUCCCUGUGGGCGCAUCCCCAGCACUUUAACAGGGAUUGCCUCAGUGGCAUGACUACAGUCCUGCUCUGUCCACUCCGCUGUGCCGGGCUCCGCUGGCCUUUCCAGGGAGCUAGGCUCGCUCUCAGUAGUUCCUGGUUUUGGUGAGCUGUUGAUAUUGUUGCCAGCAUAGCAGGUACUGGGAAGGCUGGACGCAGUGUGAUUAUGUUGUAAUUGAGGAUCUGAAAUGAACUGAAGUUGAUAGAAACUGAUGUCGAACUCUUGAAAAUCAAGAAUGCUCCAAAUUCCCAACCCACUGUAGAAUAAAGAGAAGGGUGGAAGGACAGGCAGCCUUACAAAAUAUUUUACUUUUUUCUCUAACAUUGAGGAAGUUUUAUAUCAUGAUCUGGAUAUACCAGGUGUGACUAAGACUGAUUUAACAAGAAAAGGUUUCAGUCAUAGAACAUUCAGUGUAUUCAGGAACUCAUCACACAACAGUGAACAGAUUAGCAGUAGAGUGGGGCCAUUAUGAAAAUAAAAUAAAAGUGUUGUCUUCAUCGUUUUUUAGUGCCAUUGGUUUAUAGCAGAAUUUUCUUUUUCCUUCUUGUUUCCUCUGUAAACUUGGUGCUUACUGAAAUGUUCACUGUUCUCUCUAAGAGAGCAAUGGCUAGAUGUGCAGAGUUCAUGUCUAAUAUGCUGUUCUGUUUGUUCUUUCUUCUGAGUGGAUUGCUAAUUGUGCCAAAUGCCAGUGGGGGUUUUUGAAUGUGGUAAGAACUGAUGGCUACAGUGCACACGGUUCCCUCUGUACCAGCGUCAGGAUAGCCCAGCUCUCCAGGGAGAGAGAGGGCUGGUCUGUUUGGUCAUGCUGGAGGCUGCAUGGUUUCUUCUUUCUUUUCUUUGUUCUCUCUGCGUUUCCCUUCAGAACUGAAUUCAAUUUUACAGUUCUUUGGUGACUCUCCUAUAAUCACUACAGUUUAUGCUUUAAAAAGUAUAUGGUUAAGAAUAAAAAUGGGACCAAUUUGUCUGCUAAACAUUUGAUUUUAGGGUACUAUGUGAAUAUUGAUUAGGAAGAGUUAAACAGGUGGUGGUAAUUUCUAGAUGUCUUCUGGAAAUUACCUUUGUUGCUAUUUAAUCAGUCAUUUAGAAUACCACUGCCCUUUACAGUAGUCUCAUAAUGGGCAUUAAGCUCUGUCCUGGAAGAAUGUACCUAUUACUAUUUGAAUUUUAAAGUGAGAUAUUUUAUUGGCACAUAUUGGUGGCCAUAUGUCUCAGAUUUUCUGAGACAAACCUAAUUUUGGAUAACUGGUUUUAUUGAUUAGACCAUGAGAUCCUACUUUUUGGUUUUAGAAAUAGAAUCCUCGCUCCCUUGUUUUUCCUGAAGAAAAUCCGUUUUUAUCCAUAUAGAUCAGACAACAUUUUUCCCAGACCAGGGGUGAAAAGUGAUAGGGGGAUUGCUAGUGUUUUUCUGAAUGUCUUACUUCUCAGUUUCAUCUUCCUUUGAAAAAUGAAAAUAUGGUGCCUUCCUUCUCUCCCUCCCUCCCUCCCUCCCUCCCUCCUUCCCUCCCUCCUUCCCAGGAGAUUGGCAAAUAGUUCCUUGUAUAUCCUGCUGCUGUGGAGUGAUGAGACAUGCACUUUACUCUUAAAGACUCAGCAAAAAGUUUUCACUUCUCAGUAGAUCCAGAAUAAAUCAUGGUUGGGACUUAAACUUUGCCAAGCAAUCUUCGUCAUGACAGUCAUUAAUGUUGACCCCUACAAUGUUAUAAGUCAGACUAAUGUGUGUUUAUUCUCCCUACUGCUCCCACCUCAGAUCUGUGGCACAGCAUAUAAAAAUGUACCUCAAUAAUGUUCUAUUAAAAAUGGGACAGGGGCCUUAUGUUUUCAUAAUUCUCCAACAAUGUGCCACCAUGUAUUUGCCUCAAGGUAAAGGUUUUAACAAGCUAAAAAGUACUUCCCAGUUUCCCCUGUGCUCUUUUCUACCCAUAAUGCCCAAGUGUUUUGUGCAAUGUGUAGUGUGUAUGUAUAAAUAUAUAUAUAUAUAUAUAUAAAUAUUCUUGAAAUAGACAUAACAUCAGAGACAUCAUUCAGAAGUAAUGUAUUGGCAUCUCAUUCAUAUUUCUGAUGUGAACUAUAUGGUACUAUUUACUUUUUCCUUAAUGUUUGCCAAAUUUGAGUCAAGGCAUUGGUACGAAAUUACAGAAUGUAUAGGAAACAUUUUGGCUUGAAAAGUUAACAAAUGAAAGUAUUCAGACCUAUCACAAUGUACUCUGCCCAGACCAGCACCCUGUCUUCUUGCUGCCUGUUCCCCAUUCCUGCUUCCUCAUCUUUCAGGGUGUAACAGUUCUUUUCUAGCAUCCUGUAGUUGAAUUUCUCUGGCAAUUGUACAAGACAGCAUGGAAACAGGCUGGGAUCAAUAGUACGGUAGUCACCAGGGUGCCACAUUUGCAUUAGUAAAUGCAAAUAGAUGUUUUAUAAAGGAUAAAUGUUGUGUUAUGUUUCUAUUUUCAUUACAUUGUAUAAUAAUGUAAGAUUAUUGUAUGUCCUAAUUUGCAUUAUAAAAUGUUUUUUUCCUACAUAAAGGCAUAAAUAUAGCAACUUUGUAUAAAGGUACCUUAUUAGAUUUUAAUUUUUCUUCUAUAAAAGUUGUCUACAGUGGGACUACCAUUGCCAAAUUGUAUAUGAGAUAUGAAUUUCACCCCUAUGGUUAAUUUCUUUUCUAAACAUUCCAUAUUUCUCUAAUGAAAGACGUGAUUCUGUACUAUGCAUAAAUUGUGUUUUAAUGCUGUUUCAUAUCAGCAUUUUAAUUUUGGGUUUGCAUUUUUAGUAUUGGCAAAACUUGACCACUGUUAAUUAAAAUAAAACCUUGUUGUGUAUGUAACAGCAUCAUUUGCCCUCCACCCCUCCCUGCCCUUUGUUCUUUAUCUCCCGUCAGUGCCAACUUCAUACAUUUUGUAGCAUGGCAAUAAAAUAUAACUUUUACACUGAGGCCAAGUGUGGCUUUUUGGAGGCAGUGGAGUGGGAGGAUUGCCACCUAGCUGUCCUGGGAUGUGACUCCUUUGCCGUGUAAGCCGUGGUGUUGGGCAUAAGAAGUUAUAUCUGAUGUAAACAUGCUUUUAAGGACAAGUGUGGAUGUGCUUUAAAGCUUUGUUUUCAAUGUAACAAGUCACAAAUAACUAAUUUUUAAUGUUUGCAAAAGUCGGAGUUCUUGAAGUACAAUCAAAUCUUUAUUAACUGGAGUACUUAAAGAAUAAGCUAAUAAUGGAAUUUUGUUAAACAAGGGCUAAGCAACACUUUUUAAAAAUUCUUAUUUAUUGUGGAGUAUUAGUAUACUUUACUAUCCUAAAAUUAUAAUAUGUAAAAUAUGGUUUAAUCUUAGAAAAUGUAGCAUCUUGCAAUGCCUUACUGUUAUCAUUCUGGCAUAAAUAUCCAUGAUGAGGUACUCAAGUUGAUACUGGAAGCUGAGCUGACUAUACACUGACCUUAAGCAUUCAUGAAAAACUGCUUUGUUGAAUAAAAUCUGAUGAGUUCUUAUGGUCAUUUUUCCCUUAUUGCCAAAAGUAGAUUGCAAUAAAACCCAAAUAAAAGCUUGGUUGGAUACUUUUAAA